CGCACAACAACUUAUGAUGUUUCUCGUCAGCGCAGGACCCUCGAUACUAUACGGCAAUUCUAGUACAAUAUUCAAUGGCUCUCAAGAUGAUUCCUCGUCUUACAGGGUUAAGGUUGACUUGGCUAUUGGGAUUAUUUUCCUCUUCAUUUCCCUACGAUUGGUGAUAUCGAAGACACCCUCUGUCUUACCACCUUGCGAGAGAAUAAUCGAAGAAGCAGAGCGGACAAAUAUUCGCAAUGGACACGAAAAUGCCGGCUUCCUGUCUAAAAAGGCAGGAUUUUCGCCCCUUCAAACAAUAAAGGCACUUCCGCCUUCCCAUGCAGUAUGGGAUCAACUUGCUGCCGACCUACCUCGCCUAGUGCAGACCCAGAGUGUCCGAAAUGCUGUCACCAAAAUGCCACUGCUUGACGCAUCCGCUGAAGCUUUGCCUGACAUUUACCUCCAGCGGGCCGCCACCAUCCUAGGAAUGACAGCCCAUGUGUUUGUCCGCAUGGAAGGAAGCGAGCCUCUCACAUUGAAAUACGACGGCCAUAGCGAUAUACUGCCACCAUCGCUGGAGAUCCCGUGGGCCGUAGUGUGUAGACGUCUCGGGCGAUCAGCCCCAGCUCUCACCUACGUUGACGGGGUGGUAUCCAAUUUCACAUCAACCAAUUUGUCACACAGUGGCGUGACGCUCGAAAACUUGGAAUUGCUCGUUCCAACCGUCGGCACCAAAGAAGAGCACACGUUCGUUGGUAUAAUGAUUGAGAUAAACGCCAAGACGAUACCAAUUCUCCAUCAAGUCAUAGAGGCACAACGAUCGGUCUUAGCGAAAGAUUCCGACUCGCUCAAAGACGCAAUUCGAAGUCUCCAUGCACUUUUACAACAGAUCACCGGGGUUCUCAAUAAGCUUCAUGCGAACCGAUCACACAAGGCUCAUAUUGAUCCUGUCUUAUGGACCCUCACUGUUGGGAAUUUGGGGAUUCCUUGGGUGAAAGGCAUGGUUGGAGCGGCAGGUACAGCACAUCCGUUGUUUCACAUGAUGGAUGAAUUUACCGGACGGUUUGAGUAUCUCACUGGUAUUGGCCAAGAAGCGCAAAUUGUUCGAGCUACAUAUCCUAUCCAUUGGCGGCAGUUCCUCGAGGCCAUGACGGAAGUGUCAGUCAUGGAAUACAUUUCUGCCUCAAAGGAUAGAGAAUUAACGGACCUCUGGAAAACCUUUACAUCCGCAUAUCACUGCAACGACGGUUUACUGGGAUUCCACCGGCGAAAGGUGUUCGGCUUCCUUGCAGUCUCGUUCAGGAUUGGUCGAAAUACAACCAUCAAUGGUCUAGGACGCAAGCACAGGACAGAGCCCUGGCAUGAGGUCGAUCAAGAAUUGGAAAAGGCUCGUCUAGAACGCAGAUGUCUGGACCCAGAUGAACACAGUCCCGAUACCGAGCCCAGCUCGAACAAACUCGUUGUGUCCGAGCUCAUAAAGCAUAACUCAGAAGAAACCGGUUAUUGGUUCUCUGCCAAGGGGAACGUAUACGACGCAAGCACAUUCAUGCAAAAGCAUCCGGGAGGGGAUACUGUGAUUGCGUUGUGUAGCGGGCAAGACAUCACCGACAGCUUGAAUGCAGUCGGUCAUUUGACAAAUUCUUCGAUCCGCAAUAGACUGGAAACCUAUCUGAUAGGGACACUGGGAAAACCGAAAUUCGCCUCUUCACAUGUGGAAGAGGCCUACAUGGCCGCCGUUGAUCUUGGCCAAAAAACAGCUGAAAUGGAAAACGUGCACCGGAGAAAUUUCCAGUUAUUGAAUGGGAAACUUACCAUGCUGGACGAACCGGAAGUUCUCACGCCGAAGAAAGCACGACACCUGCUUGAUGCAAAGAAUAGGCUUCAGGGCGACCAUGUGCCGGGAUUGGCGAUACUGCUAGAUGCCCUACUCGAUGGCAUCGCGAAGUUGGACAUAAACCUUGACCUUAAUACUGCUCGUGCGCAAAUGGUCGGUCUUCUUGCGCCAGGAACUGGCCCAGGCACUGCAACGCGUUUCUUGAACUAUGAAAUGGCGCUAGACAUGCUGCGGAAAGACUUACAUCGGUUGACUGAAGUAAAAGAGCUUGUUGCGAUGGUGCUUGGGACUUUUGAAGACCCUGGCUUCACAUGUUCUAAGAAAAGUCAGCUUGAACCCAUUGUGGGCACACUAAAUAGAGUAGCAAGUGAAUUGGUUGUGCUUGCUGGGAAAUGA